AUGUUAUUAAUUAUACUAUUAGCAUUAAAUGCAUUUGCGUAUCUGCAUAAACAGGAAUAACACUGGAUGGACUUGUAUAACAAAAUGAACUCAAUUAAAGAAUUUCUGUCUCAAUUGGAAUACUAUACGGCUUUGGAGAAGCUAGAAUUCAAAUCACAGGAGAAUCUUGAAUUCGAAGAGGAAAGUCUAACAAUUUACAAAGAACACUAUUAGGAAAUUAUAAAUUCCUUUAAGUAACAAUUGACAUUUAAUAAAAACGAAAAGGAAGAUAUAAAAUUAUUUUUGAGGGAAACAUUUCCAGAAGUUGUAGAAAGGAUAAAACGUAUUAUUGUAGAUAAAGAAAAAUUAAUCGAAGGCGACAUUAAAGAACUAGCUAAACUCAAACAUUAAUAGCCAGAAGACAUAAGUCAAAGAUUUGAAGAGUUCAAUCAUUUACAUAAGAAAAUUUAGGAAGUUUUGGAAUAGAAUGAUGAAUAAAUCAUUUAUAAAACAGUAGAAUUAUUGGAAUCAAAGAUUAUGAUAGGCUCUUUCAAAUAGAUACAAAGUUAGGAAGUCGAUUUCUUUAUGAAGAGUGUUGAUAAACUUUUCAGGGAAAAGCAGAAUCCUCAUAAGAAAUAAGAUGCAAUCCAAUUACUCAGUCUAAUGAGCAGUGUAAUAUCAGAAUAUCUUAUUAAAAUCGUGAAUGAUUAAAUUGAAUCAUCCUUUGAAUUUCUGGAUAAGGAACUCUUCUUUACCGAAUCCAAAAAGACUCAUUUCAAUGCAAAGGAAUAAUACAUCAAUCUCUUAAAUAGAUUAGAUUGUAAUGUUUAUCUUAUUUUAAGAAUUUCAUUAAACAGUUUGGAAAUAACUGAUGGAAUUACCAUAUGA